AUGUCAAACGAAUACGAAGAUAUUGAGUCUUUCGACUCCACCGAAAGUUCUACCGGUGUAGGAAAUGAAGAACAACCUCAGCAAUAUGUACCAUCCGGUGACAAUGGUGGCGCUGCAUUAAAUUUAUCUAGAACUGAAACUGUCAAGAGUCUGCAAGACAUGGGGUUGACCUCAGAUGCCCCAAUUCCAGAUGUCAACGCUCCAACUAGUAACAAGCACAGUAUUUUCCCAGAAGAAUAUACAAUGGAAACUCCAACUGGUUUGGUUCCAGUAGCUACUUUACAUUCUUUGGGUAGAAACUCCACAACGAUUACUAGAACAAGAACAAAACAAAUGGAUAGAUCACAAACACAUGAUUCGUCAUCGAAUUCCGAUAGUGAUCUAAAAGAAGCUGAAAAAACUGGUACCUCUGGCGAUGAACCAGAAUUAGACCCUGAAAUUGAAUUUGUUACAUUUGUUACAGGCGAUCCAGCCAAUCCACAUAACUGGUCUUUAAAACUGAGAUGGCUUUACACCAUUACUUUAUCCAUCUUGGUUAUUUGUGUUGCUUAUGGUUCUGCUUGUAUUGCUGGUGGUUUAGGUACCGUUCAAAAACAUUUACAUGUUGGUUCUGAAGUUGCUGUCUUAUCUGUUUCAUUAAUGGUUCUUGGUUUCUCUUUCGGUCCCUUAAUCUGGUCUCCUGUUAGUGAUAUUUACGGUAGAAGAGUCGCUUACUUUGUCUCUAUGUUUUUAUAUGUCAUUUUCAACAUACCUUGUGCUGUCGCCAAGAACCCACAGACAUUGAUGAUUUGUAGAUUCUUCUGUGGUGUUUGGGCUUCUUCAGGUUUAUGUUUAGUCGGUGGUUCCAUUGCUGAUAUGUUUCCAAAUGAUACCAGAGGUAGAGCUAUCGCUUUCUUUGCCUAUGCCCCUUACUGUGGUCCAGUUUUUGGUCCAUUAGUUAAUGGUUUUAUUUCUGUCUCUACAGGUCGUAUGGAUUUGAUUUUCUGGGUUAACAUGGCUUUUGCCGGUGUCAUGUGGAUCAUUGUUGCCCUUAUUCCCGAAACUUAUGCUCCAGUCAUCUUAAAGAGAAAGGCUGCUAAAUUGAGAAAAGAGACAGGUAAUCCAAAAAUUAUGACUGAACAAGAAGCUCAAGGUUUAUCUUUGAAUGAAAUGUUAAAAGCCUGUUGUGUCAGACCAUUAUACUUUGCUGUCACUGAACCUGUUCUAGAUUUGACAUGUUUCUACGUUAUGUUAAUUUAUUCAUUAUUGUACGGUUUCUUCUUUGCUUUCCCUGUCAUUUUUGGUGAAUUAUACGAUUACAAGGACAAUUUAACCGGUUUAAUGUUUAUUCCAAUUUUAAUCGGUGCUUCAUUGGCUUUAUGUACGACCUUCUACUGUGAAAACAAAUAUUUAGCAAUUACAAGACGUCGUAAGCCAAAUCCAGAAGAUCGUUUAUUAGGUGCUAUGAUCGGUGCUCCAUUUGCUGCUAUUUCUUUAUGGAUGUUAGGUGCUACAGCAACCAAGAAGGUCAUUUGGGUUGCUCCAGCAUCUUCUGGUUUACCCUUCGGUUACGGUAUGGUUUUGAUUUACUAUUCAUUGAACAAUUAUAUCAUUGAUUGUUACGCUCAAUAUGCUUCAAGUGCCCUGGCCACUAAAGUGUUUUUAAGAUCCGCUGGUGGUGCUGCUUUCCCAUUAUUUACAACUCAAAUGUACCAUAAUUUAGGUUUACAUUGGGCUUCUUGGUUAUUAGCAUUCAUUGCCUCGGGGAUGGUUUUAAUUCCAUACUUAUUCUACACCUUUGGUAAAGGACUAAGAGCUAGAUUAUCUAAGAAAGAUUAUUCAUUAGAUGGUGUUGAGGAAUAG